AUGCCCCCAGCAGUUUGCAAGUUCUGGCAGCAAGGCACAUGCCGAAAUGGAGACAGGUGCAGGUUUCUACAUCAAUCAAACGGCGUGGCCACGGGCAAUCGUUUUGCAGCCCUCCAGACCCCAGAUACCUCGAACCCUCGGCGCAAUGUUGGAUAUCAUCAAAGUCAGGCCGCGAGCUCGUCGACAGGACAACUACCCUUCUCCCUCGACAAAGAUCACAUCGUGACGGAUUUGUCUUCAGAACGACCACAAUGGAUUCUGUCUGCCUACGGGCCUGGAAGGAAUGCCCCCGCACAAUUAUUUGGCGGGGAGCAACGAGAAAAGAGCUUCGAAGAAAUACGACUUGCGCAUUAUGCAGGGAUCGCGUCAGGUAACCCACAACAAGCUGUCCAAGAAGCCGAUGCGUUGUAUCAGGCGUCGGAGCAGCAGAUCCAGACUGCAUUGAAUGAUGUCGAUGGGGCCAUCAAUUUUAUAAUAAACGCCGAGAAAGAGCACCCCAAUAGAAUAGAUAUUUGCAAAGGCGCACAAGGAGCUGCAGCUGGUCCAUCAUCAAAUCCAUUUAGCACCAACGCCUCUCAACCUACCGUUGCGAAGAAUCCUUUUGGAGCCCCAAGUCAACCAGCCAGUAUAUCAGCAUUCGGAGCGCCUUCUGGAGCCGCCGGCGCAUUCGGUCAACCAUCAGCUCUUGGUGCAAAACCAAACCCAUUCGGAGCACCGACCCAGGCCUUCGGGGCUCCUUCACAACUUGGAGCGACAGGAGGGUUCGGGCAACCCUCCGCAUUAGGCCAAAAACCAAACCCGUUUGGGGCCCCAUCAGCUGGCCAAGCGCCAGGAACAUCUGGCCCUUCAGCAUCGGGCUUCGCAGCAUUUGCUGGCACGCCCGCUCCCUUUUCUCAGCAAAAUCAGCCACCCAGUACUAAUGCGUUUGGGGCGCCUUCUCAGCCUACAACUUCGAGCGCUUUUGGAGCCCCAUCACAGCCUGCUCCGGCUGGUGUAUUUGGUGCUCCAUCACAAACAGCACAGUCCAGUGCGUUUGGUGCCCCAUCACAACCAGCACAGUCCAGUGCGUUUGGUGCACCAUCACAACUUGGCCAAUCCCGUCCGUUUGGCACAUCAACCUCACAGACCCAGCCCAAUCCAUUCGCGUCAAACACGUCUCAGCCUUUCGGCGGACCGCCUCCUUCAAAACCUGACUUUGGUGCCCUAUCACAACCCGCAACUCAAACUCCGUUUGGAGGAGCAACAGGCCAACAGCAGAAUCCUUUUGGAGCACCUUCAUCUGCUAGUGCUGCUACUCCCAACCCCUUCGGUCCGCCUCAACCGACUCCUACAGCACCCCCAAAUCCAUUUGGAAAUGCAGGAGCCGGGCCAUCAGGCGCAACCCCCUUUGGUACCCCAGCUCAACCAGUUGUCAAUGGCCAUGCUGGGAAAGGCUCUCAACACCCGCCCCUGAGUAACUAUGCCUCCAAGGAUGGCAGUGGAAGAUUGACUAUGUUUAAAGGCAAACGGGUCAUAUAUCGCGACGGUGAACCAGGCGUACAGAAUAGGGAUGGAACUUGGGCGAAGAUCUGGUUUCCCGAUGGGCCACCACCCUACUAUAAGGACACAGAGCUGGAAGACGAGGCAUAUGAUGAAAACACAAAGGCGGCGUAUAUGCAUAUGAUGCAGACGGGCAUGUUUCAAAAUGGCGCCAUGCCGCUGGUGCCUCCUAAAAGGGAGUGGUGUUUGUGGGAUUUCUGA